AUGGGGUGCAGCAGUUCUGUAGCUGACAGAAGGUCAGAGAAAGUCAUUAGAGCUGCUAUCCUCAUCCAGAACUGGUAUCGCUUUACAAUGGCCCGGCUAGAGAUGAGGCGCCGCUAUUCUCUGAGUAUUUUUCAGUCAAUCGAAUACGCUGAUGAGCAAGAUCAACUACAGCUAUCCGACUUUUUUACAUUCAUGCUGGAGCACUGUACUCAUCCCGAUUCAGUUUCUCACAUAUUCACCAGCCCUAGUGUUUCUCAGGUGGUGGAUGAAGGCUUAUGUUUAACAGAAUUUGAAAAGAAGAUUGAUGUUCCAGACUCCUAUUAUGGACCACGACUCUCAUUCCCCCUUACUGUUGAAGAUGCCAGUGCUCUUCUUCAUGCUUUCAGGAAUGAACAGCUGCUUCAUGCUCGCUACGUACUGCAGCUACUAUGUGAAACUAGGAGGGUUCUCAAGGAGAUGCCAAAUAUCACCCAUCUUUCAACUUCCUACUCUAAGGAGAUAACUGUUUGUGGAGAUUUGCAUGGAAACCUGGAUGAUCUUUUGCUGAUAUUUUAUAAGAAUGGUCUGCCUUCAGAACAAAACUGUUACGUCUUUAACGGUGAUUUCGUUGACAGAGGGAAGAAUUCUAUGGAAAUACUUAUAAUCCUGUUUGCAUUUCUUCUUAUCUACCCCAAUGAUUUACACCUGAACAGAGGAAACCAUGAAGACUACGUCAUGAACGUGAGAUAUGGCUUCACAAAAGAAGUUUCAAAGAAGUACAAGGACCAUGGGAAACAGAUUCUGUGUCUUCUGCGAGACGUCUUUAGCUGGCUUCCUCUUGCCACUAUAAUUGAUAGCAAAGUUCUUAUCCUACACGGAGGGAUUUCAGACACCACAGAUUUGGAUUUCCUGAACACACUUGAGAGAAAUAAGCUAAAAACACUUUAGAUGCCUCCUUCCUGCAGUGAUGACGCAUUACUCAGAAAGCACGAAAA